ACGGGUGUUGCCGGCUGCUGCUUCUGUCUUUUGGAGUUCGCGUCCUGCGCCUCUCGUCUUCACUCUUUUUCAAUUGACAGAUCUCCAGUCCAAGCUAAGUAGAAUCUUCACGGCGUCUUAUAAGCUUGAAUGGGCUUUACUUGAAUUAUAGCAUUUAAAUCCUUACGAUCAGGCCACGGGCUCUCUCGAGUCUCGACGCGACAUGCUGUAUUUUGGAUGUCAGGAACCAUUGGCAUGUCCGAGUAUCUGAGUGAGAACUUGAGUAAUGUAGUAAGUCUCCUCUCUCGUAUCUGUCCAAUGUUUGCGGCAUCUUGGUUGGACUGCUGUAGGUCUUUGGGGAGCAUUUGUGGACCCAGGUUGAGAGGUUGACAGGUACGAGUCACCAGUUUCGAUCGCAAUAUUCGUACAUGAGGGGCGAAUAGCCGAUGAAAUGCUGUCAGCUUGAUGCCUUGACUCGCCACCACCUCUGCAUGCUAAGCAUUUUCGCUCUGUAUCCAUUCUUUCCCGUGCAGGACGCGCCUUCUGUUUUCCUACGCUGUCGUUACUUCUAAUUUUUACCGCUAUGGUCGCAGGACGACGUCCGACCGCUGUUCGCAGGGUGUUUGUAACCCCAAAUGCACAGCCGUUGCCUGACGAUAAUAUUCUUCUUGGCCCUGGAGGUCAAAUCAUCGCUGAACCCGAUGAUCCAGAUGCUGCUCCUGGCGCUCUCCCUGAUGCUAUAUCUGCUGCAGGUGUUCCUAAGUUCGUUGAACCUCAUGCGGACCCAACAGUUGAGAGCAGCCUGCCUCCCGCUCGCAUUCCGUCCGAGAGUCUUGGUCCCGUCGUAAGCUUUACCAGUAUUGUAUCAGUUGUUGUCUAUUUUGAACGUUCAUCUCAGGCAUGGACUUCCCUCGUUUCUACCCCAACUUCAUCAACACGUUUCACCACUAACUCUUUCUCUACAUUCUCGUCAUUAAGGUCUGCGCCAUCGACAGUCCCGGCCACUUCUGUCAGGGCCUUCCAAGCCAAUACGACGUCGACCGAGACAAUAGUCGCCACUGCUCAAAUGAGAACGUCUACUGCAUCCACGAUGUCUUUAGCGUCCUCCAGCACUCAUGCCGCCAUCAAUGCUGCAGUAGCAUCGCACCAUAUAACAACACUCUAUUUCGGAGUAGUAGUUGGUGUCAUAGCUGCUAUUGCGAUCAUCUGCGCCUUAGUUGCCUGGCUCUUUCGAAUUCGUAGUAAGCGGUCUAAAUGCGGAACACCAAGGGAACAAAUGGAUAACUGGCCAUGGGAUUCUGAUGGCGAUGAUAGACAUCUGGAGAAUGGAAUUCAUGACUGGCACCAGAAAUCCGCUACUCAGUUGAAGCUCGGUGGUUCACAUACUCGAUCCCCGAGAGGGCUCUUUGAGCUCCCCUACCCUGAAGCUCUUAAUCAAAAUGGUGGCUCCUAUGGAACACCUCGGAGUCCCUCCCAAACAAUUCCGCAUCCCACCAUCCACAUCAAUACAAACCAAAGCGUACCCGAUCUAGCACCGGACCUUGGACGUCUGCAAGUUACAAAUUAUAUGCCUGGCGAUAUCUCGUCAUGCGAUGAGGCUAGUCGGGCUAAUUCGAGACAGGAGACAGCUUCGGAGUACGGCUCACCCCUCCCUGCGUUGCACGCUUCACGGCCAAGAUUUUUGGCUCUUGGUGAAGGUGCUCUGGAAGUUCCUUGGGCACCCAAACGAGAUGCAUCCGAGAAAGUGGCGGAGCGUCUACACCAUUUGCCGUCAUCUGGAGCGAGCUCGACGUCUCUUCACCAACCUAAGGCGAUGCCGGAGGGUUGGGCUGCUUCUUUGAAAUCUAACAUCGUUAACGCUUUCCAUGUGGUUGUGGGCUCGUCUACACCUGAUCCACCUGGGGACAACCUCACACAUGCUCCUGAGCGUCGAGAUACCCGUUCUUCAACGCGCUCGGAGGAGUCUGUAAACGAGAAGUUGGACGAGAGUCCAUCGCGUAAGAAUACAACGACAUCCGUCAGGUCGAACUAUGCACACGGCAUGGUGCGACUCGGGUCUCUGCGCCACAAUGGCUCCGAUGACUGGGACGACCUUUCUGCUUGGAUGUCCGGCGAAGGCUCUGUUGUUCUCCCAGAACAACCUCCUUUGGCAGUGAUAAAAACUCGAUCUCGCACUCAACCUGGCACCUUGUCUCGGGCUAGUAGUACGUACUCCGGAUCGGAAGGCGCUUCUCCAGAACGAGACCAUGCGCCAUCGCUCUCCAUCCCUCCUCCAUUGUCUCGUCAAUCCUCGUCAUAUUCGCCUCCUAUUGACACUCUUGGAGAACGCAAGAAGAGCAUGUUGAAACCUCGGAAGACGACCAGGAAGUCUCGGCGGCCUAUCCUCAAGUCGCGAAUGUCAUCAAAAUAUUCCGUUCUUUCGGUCGGCUCGGACAUGUCGAGGGCUUCGAGCUUUUAUGGGGAUAAACUGACGGAAGAUGAGAAGUUCGCAAGUUUGGCACUGAGGGAACGGCUGAAGAAAAUGAACGAAAUGAAAGCUGGCUUGGGCAGGACAUCAAAAGCUGUCAAGUUCGGAAGUCAGAGACUCCGCACAUGAACUUAACUAUUGUGCGUAUCGAUAGCAAUUUCUAUGAAGGUCAUUGUAGCUCAGUGCGCGCCCUAGGUGGCCCGUCAUUCGAACAUAUGCUUUGCGAAUACUUAAUCGGAGAUUAUGCAGGUAUUCAUGUCAGUUCAUGCUUCAAGCCUCACGCCCUCACCCAGCUAAUGUCCUCGAGAAUAUUGCUAGAAUGAGCAGACAAAUAUUAUCAAAUGUUAUAGAUCAAUGUAAAUGUUCACAAUUCGUCCUGAUGUACAGAUAAUCUAGCGGAAAUAAUACAUACAUAACCUCAACGGUCGCAACGAGACCAUUAU